AUGGAGCGGCUGCGGGAUCUACGCACACGGCUGCAGGCAUGGGAGCUCGCGUUCCGGCAGCAGAGCGGGAGGCGACCUUGCCAGGUGGACGUGGCGGCGGCGCCCGAGGAGACCCAGGCGCUCUACCGGGAAUACCGCGCCCUGAAGCAGGACCUGGGCCAUCCAGGCGGCAUCCGACCCCGCAGCCCCGAACAGUCUGCUCAAGCGGCCACCCAAGAGGUACUAGAGCCAAACUGCUGGGGGUCUCACCUGAAUCGUGCUGCGACCCAGAGACCACAGCCUACCCCAGCUCCUAAACCCCGAGGGUCAGCGCAGGACUAUGGAAGGAGGCUCAAAGCCAAGCUAAAGGGUACCCCGCAGGCGGAGCCAGCGGUGGGCCGAGUACCCCGCAUUCCUCGGAAACCCUCAACAGAGGCACCUGCCCAGGGGCUGCCAGACACAGGGGCUGCACCUGCCUCUCCACGACUCAGCCAGCUGCUCCCCCAGCGACCUGGGUUCCAGCCUCAGCUAGGCCGGUUCCAGCAGCUCCAGUCCUCCCUAAGCCGGCGACUGAGCUCUCUAGACCCUGGUUGGCUCCAGCGGUGUCAUGGUGGGGACCCAGAUUUACGGAAGAAUCCUGAGACCUUUGUGCCUGGUCUAGACACAGAAUUGUGCGACCUGGGCAAGGGUUCACAGCCUUUGACCUCAGGUGCCGACCUGGGCACCUACCAUGGUCCUGAGAUUCCAGCGCUACAGGGAAGCAGCCACAGUGAAGGAAGCCCCCAACCCAGCAAGAAGCAAAGACUGAGUGGGGACCUCGAAAGGGUCCUUUCACAGGCCCAGUGGGACAGUGGCCACGUGGGACCCCAGGCUAAGGAGUCGGAUGCCACCAAACCUGUGGAAGACCCUCUGCGGACGCAGUCACCUCAGCCCCGAAGUGGCCCCGUGAAACCCAGAUACCCAAACCUGGUGGGAAAGGCUGGGCUCACAGCUCCCAAUAACAUCUCUCCUAGGUCCUCCAUCCAGGAAGGGGGCAACUACGUCAAGCUCAACCUGAAGCGAAAACGCUACGUACGAGGCCCAGCGCUGCGGGGCACUUACCUCCGCAAGCAGGUGUGGAAGCAGAAGUGGCAGAAGAAAAAGGCAUGUUUUGGGGGUGGCCGGCCCAGAGCCACAGUCAAGAGCUUGUGUUUUCAAUGCAGCCGGCCUGGACACUGGGCCUCCCAGUGCCCCCAACUAGGUGGGACCCCCAAGACCGAGCCCACGCCAACCCAGAAAGAAGGCGGCAGGGAUGAGGAGGAAGCGCAGCCCUUGCCCACACUGGGGGACGUGGCCCAGGAGGCGGCUACUGCUCACUGCCAACUCCCCGUGGGUGAAGAUGAUACCAGACCCGCCAAGCCUGAGCUGAUGGGACCCUUGGAGCCCCACCCACCUCCCACCGUGCCCCCACUCUACCCUCCAGGACCCUUGGGGCAGGUGGCAGAGACCCCCCCUGAGGUGUUCCAGGCCCUGAGACAGCUGGGGUACCGAGCCUUCCGUCCUGGGCAGGAGCAGGCAGUCAUGCGGGUCUUGUCAGGCAUCUCCACCCUGUUGGUGCUGCCCACGGGCACCGGGAAGUCCUUGUGCUACCAGCUCCCGGCACUGCUCUUCGCCCGACGCAGCCCCUGCCUCACCAUAGUUGUCUCCCCACUGCUGGCGCUCAUGGACGACCAGGUGUCUGGCCUGCCUCCAGGUGUGAAGGCCGCCUGCCUCCAUUCAGGCAUGAACAAAAAGCAGCGGGAAAGCGUCCUGCAAAAGGUCCGGGCAGCCCAGGUCCAUGUGCUGGUGCUGUCACCUGAGGCACUGGUGAGGACAGGGAUGGGGGGACCUGCUUGCCUGCCUCCAGCCUCUCAGCUGCCACCUAUAGCCUUUGCCUGCAUUGAUGAGGCCCACUGCCUCUCGCAGUGGUCCCACAACUUCCGGCCCUGCUACCUGCGUGUCUGCAAGGUGUUACGGGAACACAUGGGUGUGCGCUGCUUCCUGGGCCUCACAGCCACUGCCCCACGCAGUACUGCCCUUGAUGUGGCCCAGCUCCUAGGUGUGGCCGAAGGGCCAGGCUCCCGUGGACUCCUAGCCACCAUCCCCCCCAACCUGCACCUCUCUGUAUCCAAGGACAGAGACCCCGAGCAGGCCCUGGUGACGCUGCUCCAGGGGGACCGGUUCCGCACACUGGACUCCAUCAUCAUCUACUGCAACAGGCGUGAGGACACGGAGCGCAUCUCUUCUCUCCUCCGCACCUGCCUUCGUGAGUCCUGGCUGUCUAUACCCACAGGCGGCACCCCAGAGGCUGUGGCAGAAGCGUAUCAUGCCGGCAUGUGCAGUCGGGAGCGGCGGCGUGUGCAGCGGGCCUUCAUGCAGGGCCAGCUACGGGUGGUGGUAGCCACGGUGGCCUUCGGCAUGGGACUGGACCGGCCAGAUGUGCGGGCUGUGCUGCACCUGGGGCUGCCCUCCAGCUUUGAGAGUUACGUGCAGGCUGUGGGCCGAGCGGGACGGGACGGGCAGCCUGCCCACUGCCACCUCUUCCUGCAGCCCCAGGGGGAGGACCUGCAGGAACUGCGGAGACAUGUACACGCUGACUCCGUGGAUUACCUUGCUGUGAAGAGGCUGGUGCAGCUCGUGUUCCCCCCCUGCUCCUGUGCCCAGCUGUCCUCAGAGGGCGGUGACAGUGGACAGGUGGUCAAGGUCCCCACAGAAGCCAGGCAGCGGGACAGCCAGGACACAGACCCUGGGCCGAGGAGGACGUGCCCAGGCCAUACCCGGGCCCUCCCGAUAGAGCCAACAGAGCAGGCCCUGGACAUGCCCCAGGAGGCCAUCGAGACCCUGCUGUGCUACCUGGAGCUGCACCCACAGCACUGGCUGGAGCUGUUGCCGCCCACGUACGCCCAGUGCCGCGUCCGCUGCCCCAGGGGCCCUGCUCAGCUCAGAGCCCUGGCCCUCAGGUGUCCCCCCUUGGCUGUGUGCCUGAGCCGGCAGUUACCCCAGGAUACAGACAGCAACGGUAGCAGCUGCUCCCUGGAGUUUGACGUGGUCGAGCUUACAGAUUCCAUGGGCUGGGAGCUGACGCCCGUACGGCGGGCUCUACACCAGCUGCAGUGGGACCGGGGGCCUGGGGCUGGGGAGCCUCAGAGCACAGGUGUGCGCGUGGAGUUCGGGGAGCUGGCCUUCCACCUGCGCUGCCCCAGAGACUUGACUACUGAAGAAAAGGACCAGCUCUGUGAAUUUCUUCAUGGCCGCAUACAGACACGAGAGCGGGAGGCCCUGGUCCGCCUGCGCCGCACCUUUCAGACCUUCCACAGUGUGGCCUUCCCCAGCUGCGGGCCCUGCCUAGAACAGCAUGAUGAGGAACGCAGUGCCCGGCUCAAGGGCCUUUUGGGGCGCUACUUUGAGGAGGAGGAGAGGCUGGGACCGGAGAGUGGAGAAGACACUGAGGCCCCAGAGCCAGGCCAGGCCCAACUCCAGGGCUGGGAGGACCAGAUCCGCAGAGACAUCCGACAACUCCUGUCAUUGAGGCCAGAAGAGAAAUUCUCAGGCAGGGCUGUGGCCCGGAUCUUUCAUGGCAUUGGAAGUCCCUGCUAUCCAGCCCAGGUGUUCGGGCGGGACCGACGCUUCUGGAGGAAGUACCUACACGUGAGCUUCCAUGCCCUGAUGCGCCUGGCCAGGGAGGAGCUGCUGUUGUGGGCCCGCUGA